AUGGCUGACAAACUGUUGAAAGAUUACGGAGUACCAUAUGCACGAGGGGUUCAGUUCAGCAUCACCCGACCGCCUAUUGAAGCCAACAACUUUGAAAUCAAGCCUGCAGUGAACGGGGUCCCUCCAGAAUUAGUUAGACUACUUCUCUUCGGGUUUUCCCUGAAAGACAGAGCCCAGCAAUGGCUGAACUCCCUUCCAACAAACAGCAUAUCAUCUUGGGAGCAGUCAGGAGGAGCACUGAUAAACAAAAGACUUGAUGAUGCUGAAGAGAUCAUAGAGAAUGUGGCACAGAACCACCAUCAGUUGGCAUCUGAAAGAUCUAGUAACUCUUUCACAGGGAAUCCAAUUAAAGCGUCAGGGAAAUUCAACGUAGAUGCAGUUACACUCAUGUCUGCAAAGAUGGACAUUUUAACCAAGAAAUUUGAAGCCAUGGGAAACAACACAGCUAAUGCAAUAGCAUGUGUUUGCGACACUUGUGGAAGUACGGAUCACGCUCAAGAUACUUGCCCCUUUAGGCUGAUUCAAGCACAGAUGAACCAACUUGAGCAAUGUGAUGCAAUAGCCAGCUACAAUCAGAGGUAA